AUGGUAGGGUAGGGUAAGGUAAGGUAUAAUAACACUUACGUUUGCAGAAGUAACACAACUUGAUGACAAGUUUAUCAGAAAUCUGACGGUCAUCUCCAUAACUUAAAAGUAGGGUUCGGCACGGGGGGGGAUCCCCGCGGGUACGGGGGGGGGGAUGGAUCCCCGUACCCGCGGGGAUAAAAAAUGACUCUUUUUUCGGGUCCCCGUACCCGCGGGGAUUUUUGCAAAAAUCCCCGCGGGUACGGGGAUAAAAUUUUUUAAAAAAAUAUUCAUUUUUUGUAAAAAACGUUUAUUAUCAUGGAAAUAAAAUUGCGUAUAAAAAGCGCAGGCAGGUCGCAAUUUCUUGUUUUUUUCGAACCGCGCCCUAAUUGGGUUGCGUGCGCUUUUUUGUUUCGAAACCAGACAAGAUUUUGUUUUCUAUUUUCUGGUAGGAAACAAGGAGAAUCGACCAGCUCAUCGACCCCACACCACCGCCUUUAUUUACAAAAAGUAUUGUAACUUUUUAAAUUAUUAUUGUCUGUUUUUAGGUAUUGUUUUUGCUUUGGAACUGCUUUGGACAUGUCCGUUUCAUUAUCUUUAGUUGAAUAUAUCUAAUUGUUACCUAAAUUCACUCUUUUAGUGACAGUUUUUUAAUCGUUUUUAUAUUGUAAAAAUCACCUCUCUACAGAAGAUGACGUUGUCGAUGGAAUGCGAUAUCUUCGACGUUUUAUAAAGGAAACAACAGCUAAUCAACACGUCGCAAGCGGUGGAAAUGAGGUUGAGGGUGAAUUACAGACUGAUGUAGAAAGGAACGAGCUUGAAGAUGAUCUGUCGUUUCUUGAUGAACAACUUAGGAUUGAAACUCCCGACAUGAAUUUGCACAUGACUCAAGACAACGAUCUUCAAAUAAGUUUUAUUUUUUAUUUAAUAAUAUGCUAAUUUAAAACUUUAUUAACAAGCUAAUCUAUGUGUUUUAAGAAGAACUAAAUAGCUUCCGGUCAAAGCGCAUCGAGGACAACGCUGACCCCUACAAGUUCUGGAAGGAGAAUAAACAUCGAUUUCCACUAUUGUCAAGCUGCGCGAGAGCAUUGAUGUCAGUACCGCCAACAUCAGUUGCCAGCGAACGAUUCUUCAGUCAAACAACACUCUUAUUCAGCGAUAAUUUAAGGGUAAACUUGGGAAACGACCGAACGGAGCAGAUUCUACUUUUACGAUGCCAAAAGAUAUUGGAUAAAGAAAUACAAGACGAAGUUGCGGCAGAACAAGAAAUCGAAGAAUCACUUGAUGAAUGUAUUGACUAA